CUGUCGGGAAUUUGUCAGUGAAACAAACAGAGAUAGAUAUUUCCGUUAUGUACGGGGUAUUUACUCAAUUGUAUUUAUUACCUUUUCCAUACAUCUUUUCUUUUACCUUAGGUUUUUUGUUAUCGUUUUUCUCAUAUAAUGCCCAAUACUUGUUUUUCAAACUGCUGUGCUCGUUUCUUGGAAGACCCUUUGGCUGCUGUCAAAGUACUUGUACCUACCGUCGCUAUUGAAGUGAUCUUACACAAAAAGUUUUGGCAGAGAUCUACUCUUAGAGACUUGACUUUGUAUUUGGCUAUUGUCAAUACAUAUUGGUUCGCAACCAACUUAAAUUUAAGCUUUUUGGAAACCCCUCUCUUUAUACAAUCUCCUCAGCUGACUGAUCAGCAAAAGUCAGACGUUAGUAGAGACCGUUUCAAUUGGUUAAACAAGAUUGAGAUCGCUGUUGGUGUUCUCAGUUUAGACUUGUUCUUUGAAUGGCGCAAGCGAAUCAUUGAUAACAACGGUUUUGUCGAUGGCUAUUUGUGUAAAGCUGUAUUGAUUCCUGCAGCAGUAACAGCUGUCCAAGCUGCUUACUUGUUGCCUACUUUGAACAAAAAGGCAAAGCAACCACGUGCUAUUGACGAUCCUACUUUCUCCAAAUCACAUCGUGCUUAUAUUGGUUUCGAAACUGUAAAGAUUGUUGGAUUGGCUGUUGCAGGUCUUCGUUUCGGAAAGAUGCUCACACUUUAAGAUUGCAUAAAAGAUACAUG